AUGACACUCACCCGCUCGCCGAGCGUGCACCACCCGCUUGACGAGCGUGUACCACCCGCUCGACGAGCCCCGCCCGCUCGCCGAGCGUCCACCACUCGACGAUCGUCCAUCACCCGCUCGACGAGCCCCACCACCUGCUCGCUCACAAAACCUACUGACCGCCCACCACCCUCUGUUCCUUCCCUUGACCUCUCGCCAACGCUCGCCCACCCCUCUGGCGCUCGCUCACGCUAUGCGCUCAUUGUUCGCUCGCUAACGCUCGCCGCGAUCCUGGUGCGCACGAAGCAGGCGGUGCUGGUCGCGGAGUACGCGCCGGAGGCGACGCCGGUGGUGGAGGGACUGGCGCAUUAUCUGAUUGGGGCUGGGUAUUAG